AUGAUGAAUUUGAAUGACCAGUACUUCACUCAGGCUGAACCCAAUCUUGAGGGCCUUCCAACAGAGUUGAAGAUUCAUAUCUUAUGGCAAAUCCCGGUUAUUGAGGAUCUCAAAUCCCUUGUGCUUGCCUCACCAGGCUACCACCGUGCAUACCUUUUGGUCAGAUAUCAUCUACUUGAAUGGCAUGCGAAUCAACAACUAGGCGAAGAACUUGAUCUGGCAGAGGCACUUACUGCUGUCCGAUCGAAAGGGAUUCAAUUCACCACCCGGCGAGAAAGUGCAAUCGCUCUACUAGAUACCUGGCGUCGCAGAGAUGAAAUUCGGGAGUCCAGUCAAUCUCAUCAAUCGCCAUAUCGACUGGAUAAAUCCACUCACUUGGAAGAAAUCAUAAACCUACUUCAUUUCCAAAAGGUGCUACGAUUCUUCCUCGAGGAUUAUGCAGCCAAUGCGCCCAAUCGAUACGACAUACCUCUUACCCAAUGGAAAGAUCAAUUUCUGCCCCUCGUCUUAUCGUCUGUUGAAAGACAGAGAAUCCUAAGGGCGCUUUGCCGCUUGCAAAUUCUGAAGAACAUCUUUGGGGACCCCAUUCAUUGUUUCCAAUACCCAAAUUGCGAUUCAUGCUCUUGCACGGAUCACUGGCGAAAGAGAGAAGGAACAAAAAAAAUUCGACGCUUACACGAACCCCGUAAUCAUCAAGAUGAUGAAUAUGCGUUCCGGUUAUUCUACGGCACAAUGCCUCCUUGGGAAUACGAGGAAAUGGGAUGUGUGUACAGCUACUUCCGGGAAAAAGUUGAGCUUGUGGGAAAGGAGAUUUCGCAUGAUCUACGGCAACUCAGCGAAAGCACGCCAUGCGAGUUCUUUCAUGAAAUACUUCCAGUGGAAGAACGUCCCCCACCGGGAUCUACGAUGCACAGUGCUGGAAGCUUGGUUAUAUUUCCUGACCAGGAUGCCGAAGGAUUAGCAGGGUUAGGGCCAGAGUUUCUAUAUCGCCUCUUCCACGUGGACAGGUUGACUCGGCGUAACAUUGUGUGCAGAAACACCAGAAAAAUAUGGCAUGGCCCAUUUAUCGGAUACAAAAUCAGUCUUUCGUGGGAAUAUCGAUUCCCGCUCAUUGGGCCGGCAGAUCGACACGACAGACCGGGGUUCGAACAGUUCUGGUCUUCUUUACCAGCUAUCGAGCAGCCUACCCCAGAGUGGAAGAGGACAUGGCUUGUGGAGCAAGGCGAGGAUAUCGAAUUGGAAUAUGCCAUUUAUGCCGAUGAAACGGAGGAGACGGGCUGGAACUGGUGUUAUACAUUGUGGGACGAAGAGCGUUUGGAGGAAUGGAAGUCUCGGCGCGAAAAGGAAAUUUCGCGUUCUACCCCCGGGGCCCGCAGGUUCAUCGUGUCAGAGACAGGGAAUAUUAACAUAGAGCCACCUGAGUAA